AUGCCCCCUCACCGACGCCACCACCACCCCAUUUUCCAAUCAGCGAAUGACUACCAUGCGAACACUGAGUCUCCACCGCUCUUCUUCUCCUUCUUCUUCUUCAGUCGCUGCCACGAGACGUUGCAUCCACCACCCGCUACUUCUCAAGUCGGAGUCGCCCAACCACCAAUGGAAGUCAGGCAUAACCAAAUCGUGAAGGUGCCGCCGCCACCUCCCUCGUUCCUGUUGCGUCGUCACAGGCCCACUUCCGCCGUUACCCUCUUUUGUGACGCCUUCGAGCUUUAUCCAUCGCUGUCAUUGAUGAUUGUAGGUGCUGUCGUCGCUGCCAGUCGUCAUACGCCACCAUGUGGGUGGCUAGGAGGUUUGUGUCACCGAAAAGCAAGUACACCACCAUGGCAGCCAAUCAUGGUGGUUGCUGCCGGUUAUAGCUUUUCUGUCGCCGUGUGUCGCCACCAACCACCACUAAGCAAAAGAAUAAUGAAAGAAACUCAAAACCACCACCACCGUGAGGUGGUGGCUGCCGCCAUUGGCCACCGUGUCGGGUGGCGGGACAACCAAAUACGAGACAUCAUCAGGCAAAGUGCAACAAAGAUGGUUAACCCUCACUUUGAUGAUACAAUUAAGGUGAUUGGAGUGGAUGCAGAUGGUAAAAAAUAUGACAAAGUUUCACGUAUUGAAGCACGAGGGGAGGAAACUGACAUACACAUUGUGUUGGAUGUGAAUUCGCAAUUGUACCCUAUGCAUGCCGGAGAGAAAUAUCGGAUGGUUUUGUCACAAACUUUAAAUGAAGAUGGCUCAGCUGUUACCACUCAUACUCAAGGAAGCAAGAAAUCACUUGCUGACAGAUUUGAGUAUGUGAUGCAUGGGUUGUUAUACAAGAUCUCAGAUGAUAAGAACCAAAAUGGUGAUGCUGAAGUGGCUGUGUACAUAUCAUUUGGAGGGCUUCAACUGAUGAUGAAGGGGGCUCCUGUGAAGAUGGGUAAAUUUAAGGUGGAUCAAAGGCUGUUUCUUCUUUUGCUCAAGGAGUAAAUGUCAAUUGUUGGCUUGUUCUUGUAGAUGAAAAUGUUAGUUGUCAUCUUGUUUUAUGUAUCGUGGCCUUUGUUCAGACUUGAUGCGUAUGUCUUAAAAAUGGAAUUACGUGUAAAACUCAUUUAACAACUAAAAGCCACCGGAAUUUGUCAUCUUUGCAGUUUAACCACCUAGAGAUUUUUUUUUUAUGUAUUUUUUUUUUGUUUUGAUUUAU